AACUCCCGAGAUGCUCCGCGGCGCCCCUCCCGCCGCCGCUCCGCCUCGAUUUUCCCCUUUUCCCGCCGCCGCUGGGCCAGUCCCAGGGUCGGUAACGACAAAGGGCGGCGACGGUAAAUAUAAACAACUCCAGCUGAGGAAGAGGAGGAGGAGGAGGCGGGGGUGUCGCUUCCUGCCGGCGGGGUCAGAGGCCGCGCGUCAUGUGACUCCAAGAUGGCUGCGGGGCCGUGAGGAGGCGGCGGCUCCGGCCAUGGCGGCGGCGUGAGGGGGACGCGGGGCUGCGGCAGCGGCGGGGCCGGGGCCGGGGCUGCGCCGGGGCCUCCCGCGGGGCCCGGCGGUGGCGGGGGGACCGGGGGCGCGUCUCUGCUCCAUGUCGGUCCCGUCCUGCGGGAAAUAUGAUCAGCGCCCCUGACGUGGUGGCCUUCACCAGGGAGGAGGAGCUGGAGGAUGAUCUGUACCGCGAGCCGCCCCUGCCCGAGGAGUACUCGGUGCCGCUGUUCCCCUUCGCCGGCCAGGGCGCCAACCCCUGGGCCAAGGUCGCCGGCUCCAAGUUCACCCGGGACUUCAUCCUCAUCUCCGAGUUCUCGGAGCAAGUGGGGCCGCAGCCCCUCCUGACCAUCCCCGAUGACGCCAAGGUGUCGGGCACCUUCGAUCUCAACUAUUUUUCCCUGCGGAUCAUGUCUGUGGAUUACCAGGCAUCCUUCGUGGGGCACCCUCCCGGCUCUGCCUACCCGAAGCUGAACUUCGUGGAGGAUUCCAAGGUGGUGCUGGGGGAUUCCAAGGAAGGGGCCUUUGCCUACGUGCACCACUUGACCCUGUAUGACCUGGAAGCCAGGGGCUUUGUGAGGCCCUUCUGCUUGGCCUAUAUUUCUGCUGACGAGCACAAAAUCAUGCAGCAGUUUCAGGAACUUUCCACCGAGUUCUCCAAAGCCUCCGAAUGCCUGAAGACGGGGAACCGGAAAGCUUUUGCCAACGAACUGGAAAAGAAACUGAAAGAUCUUGACUACACCAGGACCGUCCUGCACAACGAGACCGAGCAGCAGAAGAAAGCCAACGACAAGGGAUAUUACACAACGCAGGCCAUUGAGAAGGCCAACGAGCUGGCCAGCGUGGAAAAGUCAAUCAUCGAGCACCAAGACCUACUGAGGCAAAUCCGGUCGUAUCCCUACAGGAAGCUGAAGGACUCUGAAUUCCACCCCUACGAGCCAGAAUGUGCCCUGGACCGGGCUGACGCGGGCAGCGAUCAGGACCCGACUGCCUCUGAGCCUGGUGAAACUCACCUUUACACCCACGUGCCAUCCUACACCCCCAAACUCAUCAAAGCCAAGUCUGCCAAGUGCUUUGACAAGAAGCUGAAGACACUGGAGGAACUCUGUGAUGUUUAUUUUUUCACCCAGACCCUUGACCAGUUGCACCAUAUCGAGAGGACUUUUCGAGGGGAUGUUUGUUACCUCCUGACAGAGCAGAUCAGCCGGGCUCUCCUAAAGCAACAGAGUGUCACCAACUUCCUCUUUGAGGAUGUGUCUUUCCUAGAUGAAAAACCUCCUGAAAAGCAGUACAGAGGCUGCCAGGGGCUUGGCCAAGAUGCCAUGGAUGAAAAGUGUUCGGAAGAGUCCCUUGCUCCUAAAGUGGUCAUCAGCCUGGGCUCCUACAAGUCCAGUGUGGAAUGUGUGCCCAUCAAGAUGGAGCAGGAAAUGGAGGACUCUGAAGAACCCAAAAUGUCUGAGUCUGUGACAUCAGAGCACCAGGAGACCCUGGACUAUCUGGAUGCAGAUAUCAAAGGCAGCAUCAGCAGCGGGGAGAGCAUCGAGGUGCUGGGGACGGAGAAGUCGGGAUCGGGGCUGACCAAGUCGGAGAGCCAGGCCAGCCUGCCCGUCAUGGCCAGCCCCCAGGCGGGCCGCAGCAAGGUGGGCAGCCGGCGCACGGUCAGCGAGGACAGCAUCGAGGUGCUCAGCACGUGUCCCUCCGAGUCCCUCAUCCCAGAGGACUUCAAAGCGAGCUACCCAAGUGCCAUUAACGAGGAGCCCUACGUGGAUGACGCCGAGGGAGGCCUUCGCUUCGCGCCCAGAGCCGGCCCGGGCGUCCACGACGGGCGGGACGACGUCUCGAAGCAGGAAAGCUUGGUGCAGGUGGAUGCCGCCUGUUGUAUCGGCAAGGAGAGUCCCAGUUUCCUGGAGCCCCUGCCCGAGCCGGGGCAGAAGCCGCGCGAGGAGGACGGGGUGGUGCGGAUCCCCCCGCAGCCGUACCGGCCGGCCGAGCAGGGGCUGCGCGGGGGCUUCCCCUGCCACGAGGGCCUCUCGGGGGGGCUCCCGCCCUACGAGCUCGACUCGCGCUGCCCGACGGGCAGCAGGGAGGUGAGUAAGAGC